AUGGCCUCGCUGUUGAAAAUCUCAGCUGGGUUGCGGGCGUACAGCCGCUGCCAUCAGCUGCUGUUACGGCGCAACAAGGUCUCGAAUGCUGCCGAAUUCCGUGCCGCUCUGGUCAAUGUGCCACCGACGGAGGUUACAACACUCGGCAGUGGACUGCGUGUCGCUAGCGAAGAUUCCGGUUCACAGACGGCCACCGUUGGUCUGUGGAUUGAUGCUGGCUCACGGUACGAGGAUAACAGUAACAAUGGCGUGGCACACUUCCUGGAACACAUGGCGUUCAAGGGUACGGCUAAACGUUCUCAGACCGAUCUGGAACUGGAGGUGGAAAACAUGGGUGCCCACCUAAAUGCAUACACAUCCCGCGAACAGACAGUGUUCUACGCCAAAUGCCUUUCCAAGGAUCUGUCGAAAGCCGUCGAGAUUUUGUCCGACAUUAUUCAGAACUCAAAGCUCGGCGAGGCGGAGAUCGAACGCGAACGUGGAGUAAUCCUACGGGAGAUGCAGGAGGUCGAAAGCAACCUUCAAGAGGUAGUGUUUGAUCAUUUGCACGCGACCGCAUAUCAGGCCACACCUCUCGGCAACACCAUCCUCGGACCGACCAAGAACAUCCAAUCCAUUGGCAAGUCGGAUCUGCAGCAAUACAUCGAUUCGCACUACAAGGCCCCACGUAUCGUGCUGGCUGCGGCCGGUGGUGUUCGCCACGAUGAGCUGGUACGGUUGGCCGAACAGAGCCUGGGCAAGGUGAGCUCCGCCAUAGAUACCAAGGCAGCAGGAUUGGCCCCGUGCCGCUUUACUGGAUCGGAAGUGCGUGUGCGCGAUGACUCCCUACCCCUUGCUCAUGUUGCGAUCGCAGUUGAGGGUUGUGGAUGGACCGAUCAGGACAAUGUACCAUUGAUGGUAGCUAACACGCUGAUUGGCGCGUGGGAUCGCUCGCAGGGUGGCGGUGCUAACAAUGCAUCCAAGUUGGCCGUUGCCUCGGCAACUGAUGGGCUGUGCCAUAGCUUCCAGUCGUUCAACACCUGCUACAAGGAUACCGGUCUGUGGGGCAUAUACUUCGUGUGUGAUCCGCUCAAGUGCGAAGACAUGCUGUUCAAUGUGCAGAACGAAUGGAUGCGCCUCUGCACGAUGGUAACGGAAGGUGAAGUCGAACGGGCAAAGAACUUGCUGAAGACGAACAUGCUGUUGCAGCUGGACGGUACUACGCCUAUCUGUGAGGAUAUUGGUCGCCAAAUGCUUUGCUACAAUCGCCGCAUUCCACUGCACGAGCUGGAACAGAGAAUUGAUAGCGUUACUGCCCAGAAUGUGCGUGAUGUUGCGAUGAAAUACAUUUUCGACCGUUGUCCAGCUGUUGCUGCCGUCGGACCGGUAGAAAAUCUGCCUGAUUAUAUGCGUAUCCGUUCGUCCAUGUACUGGACCCGCCUGUAG